ACAUUAAACAAGUCAAACCAAGGUUCUUCUUUAUAAAAAGAGAAGUGCUGUAUAUGGAUGUUACAGAGAGAAGAAAUUGAUGAACAUUUUAGACAAGAAAGAGAAAGAGAAGAUCUUCCAAGUGAUGGAGGACACGAAAACAGCGGGUCUUGGAGGUCUUGUUAAGGAGGAGAAGAGAGCUGAGUCCAGCGGUGACGAGGAUAACUCUAGAGAGCUUGGAAAGAUUCCUACUGUAAGGACUGAAAUGUCGUCCAUGGAAACCAUUUUAAGAGCAUCAUCCACAAUCAAAAAGGAUCAGGAGGACCCGCUUGAAUCUGCCAAAGCAGAAAUGGGUGAAGUGAGAGAAGAAAAUGAAAGAUUGAAGAUGAUCCUAUCGCGAAUUGUUAAGGAUUACCAGUCUCUCCAAAUGCAAUUCUAUGGCAUCGUUGAACAAGAAGAAGCUAAGAAGUCUGGAGAUACAGCUCCUGUGGAUCAAGAAAUCGAAGAACCCGAACUUGUUUCGCUUAGCCUAGGAAGAACUGCGAGUGAACCCAAAAAAGAUGAGAAGAAUAGCAAUUCCAGCAAGAGUAAAGAAGAUGAUGACCAAGAAGGACUAUCUCUUGGGUUGGACUGCAAAUUUGAAGUGUCUAAGCCGGCUUCGACUGAAAAGGCGUCAAACCCAAGCCAGGAAAAUAGCUUUGAAGAGCCGAAGGAAGAGGAUGCCGGGGAGACAUGGCCACCCAGCAAAAUUCUCAAGGCCAUGAGAAGUGGAGAUGAUGAAGUUUCACAACAGACUCACGUCAAGAAAGCUAGAGUUUCUGUCAGAGCAAGAUGCGACACCCCAACGAUGAACGAUGGAUGCCAAUGGAGGAAAUACGGGCAGAAAAUCGCUAGAGGCAAUCCAUGCCCUCGAGCAUACUACCGCUGCACUGUUGCACCAGCUUGCCCAGUAAGAAAACAGGUUCAGAGAUGUGCCGAGGACAUGUCCAUUUUGAUCACCACAUACGAGGGAACCCACAACCACCCACUACCGGUCUCAGCCACAGCCAUGGCUUCCACCACCUCCGCGGCCGCUUGCAUGCUAAUGUCCGGCUCAUCUAGCUCCCGAUCAAUCCCCGGGUCCUCUGCUACAAAUACCACCUCUGCUGAUCUCCAUGGUCUAAACUUCAAUCUAGGAGAUAAUACAAGAGCCAGGCCAUCGUUCUACCUACCAAACUCUUCAAUCUCAUCCGCUACUUCACACCCCACCAUCACUCUCGACCUUACCGCUCCCCCUUCAUCGUCAGCCUCUUCUUCCUCUCAGAAUAAUAGGCUAUCUCCAAACUUCCCGGUUCAAAGAUACUCUUCGACAAGCUUUAACCUUUCUUCUACAGAACCUAAUAACUCCCAACUAACCUGGGGAAAUGGAUACCUAAGCUAUGGCGCCCAGCCCUAUACUAAGAACCAACAACUUGGGCCUUUAAAUCUUGGCAGGCAACCUCAACCUCAAGAGCAUUUCUACCAAUCUUACAUGCAAAAGAAUAAUCCAGCUCCUUCUCAGCAGUCUUUAACCGAGACCAUUGCAGCUGCAACAAAGGCCAUUACAUCAGACCCAAGUUUCCGAUCGGCGCUAGCAGCGGCAAUCACAUCAAUCGUAGGUGGCGGCAGCACUGGAGCCCAGGGAAACCAAGGUGGAUGUGAGAAUUUUGGCCAGAAUUUGAAGUGGGGUGAGAACAUUAAUACCAUUACCUCCUACACAUCGACUCCGAAUGGGAACGGAUGUGCAUCGAGCUACUUGAACAGAUCGUCUUCUUCAAAUACUCAACAAGGAAGUUUGAUGAUUCUCCCACCUGCGCUGCCAUUUUCAACCUCUAAGAGUGCAUCUGCGUUUCCAGCUGACACUAGGGACCAUAUCAACUGAUGUCUUUUUGUAAUUAUUGAUCGUUUGGAACUCUCUAAAUAAUUACAGUUGCUUGGCCGCUGUGAAGAAAAAAUUGCAUGGUGCAGGUGAUGACAGCAAGCGAAGUAUGUUGAAAACAGUUAUUAAUUAAUUACCAGUGUUUUGAACGGGUUUCUUUGAC